UUGGAACUUGGAAAUUCCAAGUUGGAAUCAUGCAACCUCUUGUGGCGUGAUACAUCAAGCAUAUCACUAUUACCAAAUAAGUCAGGCCAGGGUGUUUGAGAUUUUUAUCCACAAUACCCCAUAUUAAGGUCAUAUAUGUGCAGGAUAGAGGAGUGAAACUCUUGGGAAGAUGGAGGGUAGUAUCCGGUGCUCCGCCAACUACGUUCCUCUGACUCCCAUAAGCUUUUUGGAGCGCUCAGCCAUUGUUUACCGUGACAGACUUUCACUCAUCUUCGAUGACGUCACCUACACAUGGGCACAGACCCAUCAACGUUGUACCAAACUUGCUUCUGCCAUUUCUCAACUCGGUGUUUCUCCCGGGGAUGUGGUUGCUGUAUUGGCCCCAAAUAUUCCAGCUAUGUAUGAGCUACAUUUUGGUGUUCCAAUGUCAGGGGCUAUUCUCUGCACGUUAAAUACCCGUCACGAUUCGGCAAUGGUUUCAGUGUUAUUAAAACAUUCUGAGGCCAAAAUGCUUUUCGUAGACUAUCAAUUGUUUGAUAUUGCUCAAGGAGCACUUGAAAUCCUGUCAAAAACAACAACCAAGCUUCCCCUUCUGGUCUUAAUUUUGGAGUGUGGUCAGCCAUCACCUGAUACUGGUAAAAAUUCAUCCUUUCCUGGAACGUUGAUAUAUGAUAAUCUUAUAGCUAAAGGAGAACUUGGAUUCGAGGUGAGAAGGCCAAAGGAUGAAUGGGAACCAAUCUCACUCAAUUACACUUCUGGAACUACAUCAAGCCCUAAGGGUGUAAUCUAUAGCCAUAGAGGUGCCUAUCUUAAUUCUUUGGCUACAGUUCUUCUUAAUGAGAUGAGGUCUAUGCCAGUAUAUUUAUGGUGUGUCCCAAUGUUUCAUUGCAAUGGAUGGUGCCUCCCUUGGGGUAUUGCUGCACAGGGUGGCACAAGUGUCUGCCAAAGAAGUGUGACUGCUGAAGGGAUAUUUGACAAUAUUUAUGAGCACAAGGUAACCCACAUGGGGGGAGCACCAACAGUUUUAAACAUGAUAAUAAAUUCACCACUCGAAGUCCGAAAGCCACUUCCAGGAAAGGUAGCAGUGAUGACAGGUGCUUCUCCACCACCCCCGGAUGUGCUUUUUAGGAUGGAAGAGCUAGGAUUCAUUGUGACUCAUUCAUAUGGUUUGACAGAAACUUAUGGUCCAGGAGCAAUUUGCACAUGGAAACCAGAAUGGGAUAGCCUUCCUCGAGAUGCACAAGCAAAAAUCAAGGCCCGUCAAGGAGUGCACCAUCUUGGAAUGGAAGAACUUGAUAUAAAAGAUCCUCUCACAAUGAAGAGUGUACCAGCUGAUGCAAAAACAAUGGGUGAGGUGAUGUUCAGGGGAAACACCGUGAUGAAUGGAUAUCUAAAGGAUUUGAGAGCAACACAAGAUGCAUUUAAAGGAGGAUGGUUUAGGAGUGGGGACUUGGGUGUAAAGCAUUCAGAUGGUUACAUAGAACUUAAGGACCGCUCAAAGGACAUAAUCAUCUCAGGGGGUGAAAAUAUUAGCACCAUUGAAUUGGAAGGUGUGAUUUUUAGUCACCCAGCAGUUCUUGAGGCAGCUGUUGUUGGGAGACCUGAUGAUUAUUGGGGAGAGACACCUUGUGCAUUUGUGAAGCUGAAAGAGGGUUACAAUGUAAAACCAGAGGAGAUAAUACAAUUCUGUCAGAACCGUUUGCCUCGUUAUAUGUCUCCAAAAACUGUGGUGUUCUCUGAUCUGCCAAAGACAUCAACUGGCAAGACACAGAAAUAUGCUCUGAGGGAGAAGGCAAAGGCCAUGGGAAGCUUGUUUAAGAAGAACAAUAAUAGCCGCUUAUAAAAGCACAUUCAUUUCGCAAUUUGAAUGCAAGAUUUGUAAAAGUUAUCUGAUUUCAUGUUGUAAUUUUAAUUCCUGUGUAAAAUAUGUCUAUUUGCUGAAUGAAUAAAACACGUACUUGUAAACUCAACUGGACUAAGGUUGAUCUUUUUAUCUAUUCAAGGGUGAGAGAACAAAGAAUUACUUCUAUC